AUGACCGCAUCUUCUCGUCCAGGUGGCAAGCGGCUUCCUAUCAGUUGUCAAGCAUGUCGAACAAGAAAAAUCCGCUGCUCCCGAGAUGGACGGCCUUGCCAAACAUGUGUCCGACGAGGCCUAGGUGCGCAGGACUGCGUAUACCUGGGCCAACCACGACUGUCUUCAGAGAAUACAUUGGGCACGGACUCCGCCGUACAGACCAAAUUGCUUGCACGCAUCCGCCAUUUGGAGGAUUUACUCCAGAAACAAACCAGUUCACAGUUAUGCGACCCUCAUUCACCACUCGUAUCGCCUAGUUUGACGGGGAGCUUCUCUGAUCUAGAUAGCGCGAUCGGUGGGGUGCCUGCAGAGUAUCCAAGAAGCCCUCUGUUAAGCUGUGUGGGCACUUUGCAGACAUUUGCAUCGGGACACGUGCGCUAUUUACCAUUGACUUCCCAAUGGAGAGCAUCUUCCGGCGAUUCUCUCCCUGAUAUAAACUCAGAGGUACCUUUUGAUGAUGAUGACGUGCACUUUCCCUCCACGGGGAGUGCAGCAUCCCGGGGGGAGCUGUUGGCUAUACUUCCACCGAGCCGGUAUUGCGAUAAACUCAAGGAUGUCUACUUCCGAGUCUUUUCUCCUCAGUUCUGCCAUGAUCCAAACAGUGUCACAACCGCGUGGAUUUCUCUCUUAUUUAUCAUCCUUGCUAUUGCUGUCACUGCCCUCCAUGACGAUGACCCUAUACUUUCUGACCUCGGCCGUCAGAGAACUGUUACUCGCAAUAUGAGUGUUCUUUCCUCACGCUACCGCUCCGCUGCUUUGAGGUGUCUGUCAGCAGACGGUGUUCUUUCUCGUCAUUCUAUCAAUUCUCUCCAAUCACUUAUUCUGAUCAGUUACGCUCGCAUCCACCAUGGCCUACCGACCUGGACGCUCUUGGGCUUUACUCAUCACGUUGCAACUUCAAUGGGAUGCCAUAUUGACCCCGAUCGAUUUACUCUUGGCCCAAUAGAACGCGAAGAACGCCGGCGGGCCUGGGCAGGGUUAACAAUGUUGUAUACCAGCCAGAGUAUCACAUAUGGUAAUUUGAAUCCAGGACCUAGCUUCCGAGGGGUGCAGCUUCCUUUAGACGUGAAUGAUGUGGACCUCCUCACUGGCACUGUCUCAGAACCAGCCCCGAGUCCAACCCAAAUGACCUAUCUCCUCCUGCAGCACAAGCUCCAUAGCAUCUCAUCUCUGAUAACGGAGGCCCUCUUCACCUUCCCGCCGAGAAGUCCUGUUGCACAACUCGAAAUUGAGAUCCUCAGCGUGCACGAGAUAUGCGAGAGGCGAUACCAGCUGGAGCCAGACUCCGAACCUCUUCCGGUCCACCAUCUCGCCAAUUUGAACAUCCUCUACAGCUAUAUUCAUCAACUAAUCCUCCUCCUUUUCCGCCCGGCCUUAUGCCGAUAUCUACAGGGUGACAUCACUGCUGAGACAUGCAUCGCACGUGCAAAGUGCAUUGCUUCUGCAAAGACCUCUCUCGCCAUUCAUCAGACCCUCCACAACUCACCAGGUUUUGCUUCGUACACGUGGUACAGCAGCACCUUGGGCAGCUUCCACGCAUUCCAUGCCGCGGUGACCCUCUGCGCAAUGUUAAUAUACUCUGAUGACCAGUACGAGAGCACUGAGAUUAAGGAGCUUCUACGGAAGUCUCUCGACGUCUUUACAUCUAUUUCCACCCGCAGCAACUUUUGCAGCAAGGCCGUUCCUGUUCUGCGUCAGCUAAUGUAA